AUGGGGAGUAAGGCAAGGGACCUGAGUGAAGACCAAGACGAGGCGACGCCACCGCAGCAAACGCGGAGGCGAGGGCGCCCGUCGCUAAAGAGCCGAGAAUACGAAGAGGAAGAGGAAGAUACACUGCAGCAGGGCAACGAAGAAACCGAAUCGCCUCCAAGUCGACGAGGGACUAGUAGACGUAUCAACUAUGCCGAAUCAGAGUCGGAAGAAGAUCAGCUGCAGAAUGAGACCCCGGUGCCGGUUAAACGAAAAAGAGGCCGUCCCUCUCUGCAGGCCCGAGAGGAAGAGGGAACCCCGGAGCGUGGCCCGGCCAAGGGGAAGAAACAAGGAGAGCAGCGAAAACGAGGGCGCCCAUCGCUACGAGAUAUAGACGUACCGAAUGCGAUCCAACCAAAACCUAGGGCCAAAGGAAAGGCGGUAGACAGUCCGUCGAAUACAGCAUCAGGCAAACGGCGUGGCCGUCCUCCCGGAAGUACGAGAGCCUCAACUGGGAUGGCAGCGGAGGAUUCACCACGACCCACCGCAAGAAGAUCCCCUGAGGCUGAAGGUAGACCAGCAAAGGAUGCGUCUCUACCAAAGAAGAAGAAGCGCCAAUCUCAUGAGAGCGCCGACGCCGAAGAGGAUGACGAUGCCCCUCCUUCGCCUCCAAAGCCUUACCUCCAUGUCUCGCCUCACAUCCACCGAGUCCGCCAAUCGACCAUCGAAUCGAAAUGGACCCCCUUACCAGACUCUACCAUCUCAAUCGCUUCUUCAAUGCUUCUCAUGGCUCACCGCCCCAUCCUCCAACGCCUCUCCGGCAGCGAGCAGCGUCACGCUCACACCUCGACCGCGCUCCGUCUCAUUUCUCACCGCAUCACCCGCAAGCUCGCAAAGGGUAUUCCCUUCCCUCCGGCAAGCAUGCCUUCCGCCCGGGUGCCUCGUGGCGGUCGACAAGCCAGCGCCGCGUCAGCUGCUGCUAAUGCGAUGGACGGGCGUGCUAUCGAGCUGGACUUUGAGAGCGUUCUCGACGCAAAGCAGGCCCUGGAACGGCAGCUGGAUCCGGCGCUUCACGCAGUCGAGCUGCUGACUCGUGAGAAGGAGAAACUGGAGAGAGAGCUGGAGCAGGACUAUGAAGCGCUGCGGAAUUUGGAAUCGAGCGCAAAGGCACAAGGGAGGGAGUAUCGCGGCAUGCUGAAAAAGGCACACGUCUUGGCGCCCACGCCCGAAAUCGUUCAUGAGCGGUGGAAACAGAGGGCCGAGCAAGACAUAUCUCUCAGCCACUCUAACACCUCUGUUUUGGGGGGCCUCUUCAGUGACCUCGAUGACCCAGAGCUUAAAUCUCUAGCUCUCCAACUCAGUGACCACAUGGAAAGCAUCAAGAACAACCUCCAGCAAACCGACGGCAUCGUUCCGCAGCUGGCCCGGAGUAAGGCUGCGCUGCAAGAUGUCUUGUUCAAACAGCUGGGUCAAGAGCAGUAUGAGCGCGUAGUGCUUGGUUAA